GACUCUUUGGCUUUUGUUCACCAUUGUGGUUACUGUGCCUGUCUGGGCUUCUCACCAUGUCUUCUCACAAGACUUUCAGAAUCAAGCGGUUUCUGGCCAAGAAACAAGCAAAAUCUCCCAUUCCCCAGUGGAUUUGGAUGAAAACUGGUAACAAAAUCAGACACAAUUCCAAGAGAAGACACUGGAGGAGAACCAAGCGGGGUCUGUAUGGAAUUUUACCAGAUGCCCAUGCUCUACCAUGA